AUGCGUUUCUCCACCAUUGCCACUGCUGUCAUCGCCGCGGGCGUUGCCAACGCCCAGGUCGACUCCAUCAUCUCCCGUGUCACCUCUGCCGUAGGCGGUGUCCCCUCUGACAUCGGCUCAGUCGUCAGCUCCAUCACCUCAGACAUCGGCUCCGGUGUCGCAUCCAUCACCAGCGACGCCGCCUCUGGUGCUUCAUCUGUCGUCUCUUCCAUCGAGAGCGACGCCUCCUCUGCCCUCAGCAGCCUUGCAUCUGAGGCCUCCACUGCUACUGGCUCGCGUGCCUCUGAGAUCGCAUCUGCUACCAGCGCUAUCAAGAGCGGUGCUAGCUCUGCUGCCUCUGAAGCCAGCUCCGCCGCCGCCAGCGCUACUGAAACUGGUGCUGCUGACUACAACAACGUCCCCGCCAUGGGUGCUGUCGCCGGUGGUCUCCUCGCCCUCGCUGGUCUCUUUAGUAAUAGCUUUCCGACCAUCGCUGACAUUUCACAUACAUCAUCAGCAACCAAGAUCGCAAGUACAGCAAACAUGUCCAAGAUGCCCGGUUUCUCAUGGCCACAACUCGCCCACGCGAAGCUUUUCGACCGGUCCGAGCCUAAUUCUACUCCUGACCAGCCCCUCAUGAUCGUCAUUGGCAUAGGCACUGCAGUUCUAUGCAUUACCAUCGCUUACACAUUGUUAUUCUUUGGACUUAAAUGGCGCAAGGCUCGCGCAACCCAACGGCGUAAAAGUACCGAGGGUGAAGUCAAGACUAUCGAGCUCGUAGACCAUGGGCAUUCUCGUGGCGGUUCUUCACCAUAUGUCAGUGAUGACCAUCAGGGCGGUCACAUAGCAGAGAGUCGCAGGGCGCGUUCAUCAUCAGAACUGCCUGCACACUAUAGUCGCGUCAUUAAAGAAGAUGGGAAGCAUGACUUUGUGGAAAUCGACAUAAGCAGUGGGAAGGUCAAAGAAUAG